AUGAGCUACAUUCACCCACCCGAACCACCGCCCUACAGCAACGCCAACGUAUCAGCCGCUAACGGUUUUUACAAUCCUUCAUCGGCUCCAACUCCCUAUGGAGUGAAUCCCAUGAUGAACAACAAUUUUGGUAGAGCCAAACUCCACUCACCCGAUGUGGUGCAAGAGUUAGUCAUGGGUUUUGUCAGGGAACAACAGGAUAGGCAAGCAGAGGAAGAAAAGCCUGUGACUGCCAAUCCUAUGGAGAUACUUUACACCUUCAUGUCAUAUUUUAACUCUUGGAAGUUGCAAAAUACAACUUCAUCCACUCCAACAGCUGCUCAUAGCAGCGACGGAUCCAAGGCCGACAAGGUUGAUUUGUUGAGCGAUGAGGAUGUUUUGAAUUGUUUUGUAAUUAUCAUGCAUUGUAUUGUUAGGGACCGGUACACAGACCCUUCUCUAUUUUCGAGUUACAUCAAACAAUCCAUUGACUCGAUUGUUCAAAUUAGCCGACUACAAUCUGUGCGUUUUUGA